GAGAAGACCCCCGGUUACUGGAACAAAGGGGCCAGGAGGAGGCUGGAGCUGGCCCUGGCAUUGCAGCCGGCAGCACGGCGAGCCAAAAACAUCAUCCUCUUCCUGGGUGACGGCAUGGGGCUGCCUACCGUGUCGGCGGCUCGGAUCUACAAGGGGCAGCUGGCCGGUGGCUCAGGCGAGGACAGUGUCCUGGCCAUGGAGACCUUCCCCCAUGUGGCCCUGGCCAAGACCUACACCAUCGACCGGCAGGUGCCCGACAGCGCUGGCACGGGCACAGCCUACCUCUGUGGGGUGAAGACCAAUGCCAAGACUCUAGGGCUGAGCGGGGCGGCCGUCUACGGCAAAUGUCGCACCGCCUUUGGCAAUGAGGUGGACUCCAUCCUGCACCGGGCCAGGCUGGCGGGCAAGUCAGUGGGCAUCGUGACAACCACGCGGGUGCAGCACGCAUCCCCCGGGGCAGCCUAUGCCCACUCGGCCAGCCGGAGCUGGUAUGCUGAUGCCGACAUGCCCAAGGAGGCCUUGCGGGAUGGCUGCAAGGACAUUGCCUACCAGCUGGUGCACAACACGGACAUCAACGUGAUCCUGGGCGGUGGGCGGAUGUACAUGACCCCCAAGCGGACCCCGGACCCUGAGUACCCGGAGGACCCAGCUCAGAACGGCACCAGGAAGGACGGACUCGACUUGAUUGCCAAAUGGCUGAGUGCCAAGCAGGAUGCCUGCUACGUCUGGGACAAGAAGGGCCUGGACGCAGUGAAGGAUGACUCUGUGAGCCACCUGAUGGGUCUCUUCGAGCCAAAGGACAUGAAGUACGAGCUGAACCGCAAUGCCUCCACGGAUCCCUCCAUUGUGGAGAUGACGGAAAAGGCCAUUCGCAUCCUGCGCAGGAACCCCAACGGCUUCUUCCUCUUUGUGGAAGGUGGCAGGAUCGACCAUGGCCACCACAGCGGCCGGGCCAAGCAGGCGCUGAUGGAGGCCGUCAUGCUGGACCGGGCAGUGGCACGGGCAGGCGAACUCACCUCCCCCUCUGACACCUUGACCGUGGUGACAGCUGAUCACUCCCAUGUCUUCACCUUUGGAGGCAACACGCUGCGUGGCACCUCCAUCUUUGGGCUGGCCCCCAAGAAAGCCAAGGACAAGCGAGCCUACACCAGCAUCCUCUAUGGCAACGGUCCUGGCUACAGCAUCCGCUCAGGGGGCCGCCCGGCCGCCAGCCUCCCCGCUGCAGUGGAGGAAGAGAAGCCAGCCUUCUGGAACAAGCAGGCAGCUGCAGCCAUUGAGGCCUCCUUCAAGAUCCAGCCCAGGAUAAACCAAGCCAAAAACCUCAUCCUCUUCCUCGGGGAUGGAUUUGGGAUCUCCACCAUCACGGCCACCCGCAUCCUGAAGGGGCAGGAGCAGGGGAAGCUGGGCCCUGAGACUCCCCUCGCCCUGGAUGCUUUCCCCUACGUGGCUCUCUCCAAGACAUACAACGUGGACCGGCAGGUCCCCGACAGCGCGGGGACAGCCACAGCCUACCUCUGCGGGGUGAAGGGCAACUACCAGACCGUGGGACUGAGUGCAGCCGCCCGCCACUCGCAGUGCAACACCACGACAGGCAACGAGGUGAUCUCAGUGCUGGAGCGAGCCCGCAAAGCUGGAAAGGCGGUGGGCAUCGUGACGACAACACGGGUGCAGCAUGCAUCGCCCUCGGGGACCUACGCCCACGUGGUGAACCGCGACUGGUACGCGGAUGCCAGCAUGCCCACGUAUGCCCUCAACCAGGGCUGCAAGGACAUCGCCUGGCAGCUGGUCCACAACGUCGACAUCAACGUGAUCCUGGGGGGUGGUCGGAAAUACAUGACCCCCAUGGGGACACCGGACCCUGAGUAUCCCACCUAUGAAACGGCGAAGGGGAUUCGCAAGGACGGGAAUAACCUCAUUAACAUGUGGCUGGAGUCACGGAGGGGUGCCCGCUAUGUCUGGAACAGGACAGAGAUGCUGGCUGCCGCUGCCGAUCCUAGUGUGAAUUAUUUGAUGGGUCUCUUUGAACCCUCAGACAUGAAGUACAACCUGAUGCGUAACACCACCCUGGACCCGUCUCUCACAGAGAUGAUGGAGGCAGCCAUCACCAUCCUGAGCAGGAACUCCAAUGGCUUCUACCUCUUUGUGGAAGGCGGCAGGAUCGACCACGGCCACCACGAUGGUGCAGCCCAUAAGGCGCUGACAGAGGCGGUGGAGUUUGACCGGGCCAUCGAGCGGGCGGGUGCCCUGACAGACGAGGCACAGACCCUCACCGUUGUCACCGCUGACCACUCGCACGUGUUCUCCUUCGGGGGCUAUACCCUGCGUGGCUCCUCCAUCUUUGGUCUGGCCCCCAAGAAAGCCUCUGACAAAAAGAACUACACGUCCAUCCUCUAUGGGAACGGUCCAGGCUACCCGGGCACCAGCAGGACCGAUGUGGACAAUGACAAAGCUGAGCAGUACGAAUACUUGCAGCAAGCGGCCGUGCCCCUCAGCUCAGAGACCCACGGUGGCGAGGAUGUGGCCAUCCUGGCCAAGGGCCCCAUGGCCCACCUCUUCCAUGGGGUGCAGGAGCAGACCUAUGUGGCCCACGCCAUGGCCUAUGCCGCCUGCCUCGAGCCCUACACUGCCUGUCGCCAGCGGGGCUCUGCCCCCAGCGCCCAUGCCACCCCCCUGGCGCUGCUCCUGCCCACCCUUCUCCUGCCCCUCUUCCACUGACCCCACGGCCCACGGGUGCUGCCAGAACCACGUCCCCCGCUCCCCGCGGCUGUGGCACCUACAGGUGGGUGACAGAUUUUGAAGCAUCCCUGGUCUGGAUGCAGCAGCUGCAGGGCAUGGGGCAGGCCCUACGUCACCCAUAUGGGGUGCUCGUGUUUAAUAAAUGUGGAGUGUGAGGCUUGUGGGGCAGGCGUGUCGGUGGUGUGUGGGUGCCCAUGCUGUGCGGGCAGGGCUGGUCGUGCUGCCUGCUGCUGCCCAUCCCACCAGCCCCUUGCACCCACCUGGCAUAUCCAGUGCUUUAUUGACCAGA